GGGAGGUGGGUGGGAGCAGAAGGGUUUGCUUCUCCGUUGGGGAAGAGAACAGCAACGGCGGGGGAAAGCCUUGCAGGCAGAUAUCCCGGGAAAGUCUGCUUAGAAAAGCCUCUUUUCACUGGCAAGUGAGUGAAGGCAUCAUUUCACAGUUGGAGGUGACCCAAGAGAAGGAGGAGAUGGAAGAACAGAAUCCAGAAGGACCUGGAACUAGCAAGACAGCAAGCAAAGGCCCCCUUCUCCUCCAAGCUGGGAGUGGUGUUGAAAGAGCUGCGGCAGAGAUCCUGGCUAAGGACACCAUGACCUCAGAUGUGCAUUGCCGACGCUUCCGGCUGUUCCAGUAUCACAUGACUGAUGGGCCCCGGGAGGUUUGCAGCCAGCUCCAUGGACUUUGCAGCUACUGGCUGAAGCCAGAAAGGCACACCAAGAAGCAGAUCCUGGACCUGGUGAUCCUGGAGCAGUUCCUGGCCAUCCUGCCCCCAGAGAUGCAGUGCUGGGUCCGAGGAUGUGGGCCGGAGACCAGUUCCCAGGCGGUGGCCCUGGCUGAAGGUUUUCUCCUGAGUCAGGCAGAGGAGAAGAGGCAGGCAGAACAGAUGUGGGGACCAUCCGUGAAGACAGAAGAUUCAUUCCCUGAGGCGGAAGGAGCUUCCUUAGAGCAAGGGCAGAGUGCGCAAGCCAUGGAGCGUGCCCAGGAUGCCCUCUCCUGUGGCAGUGGAGAGAUUAAGUUGAGUCAUCGUCUUUUCAGAGGUGCGGAAAUGUCUGCUGCAUCUCCAACCCAGCGUCCCUUUUCCUUUGAGGAGGUGGCUGUACAUUUCACCGAGGCAGAGUGGGAACUGCUGGAUCCGGACCAAAGAGCUCUCUACAGGGAAGUCAUGCAGGAGAACUAUCAGAGGGUUCUUUGUCUAGCAGAGGAUGAUCAGAAGUAUGAGAAAAGGGAGGAAGUUCAUCAGCAGUCACCAGAGAAUGUUAAAAAGGAAGACCUGAAAGGAAGCUUCUGGAAUCAAGGCAGGCUAAAGAGGCAGAAAGGCAGGCAAACAGUCAAGAAGAGAAAUAAAACUAUUCCUUGCCAUGGGAGGGAUUUCCAAAAAGUCAUUCACAUGGGGAAGGAAAUGGACAAGUGCUCAAAACAUAGAAUGAACUUUUCGGAUCAAACCCAAGGUAAUGUCCAUUUCCAGGGACAGAAAUUCAGUUUGAGGGGCACUCUUGAAAACCAUCAAAAAAUCCACAGAGCAGAGAAAUUAUUUGAAUGCUUGGAAUGUGGAAAAAAAUGUAUUAGGCGUGACCAUCUUCUGCAGCACCAAAGAACACAUACAAGGGAGACAAUCUUUGCAUGCUUAGAGUCUGAGAAGAGAUUCAGUCACAGUGAAAAUUGUCACCAGCAUCAAAGAACCCACCCAGGGGAGAAACGUUUUGAAUGCUCAGAGUGUGGGAAGAAAUUCAGUCGAAGUGGCACUCUUCGACGGCAUCAAAGAACUCACACAGGGGAGAAACCUUUUGCGUGCUCAGAGUGCGGGAGGAGAUUCAGUCAGAGUAGUAAUCUUCAGAAGCAUCAGAGUACCCACACAGGGGAGAAACCUUUUGAGUGCUCAGAAUGUGGAAAGAGAUUCAGUCUGCGUGACAGUCUUCACUGGCAUCAAAGAACCCACACAGGGGAGAAACCUUUUGAAUGUUCAGUGUGUGGAAAGAGAUUCAGUCGAAGUAACAAUCUUCAACAGCACCAAAGCACCCACACAGGGAAGAAACCUUUUGAGUGCUCAGAGUGUGGGAAGAGAUUCAGUCGGAGUAACAAUCUUCAACAGCACCAAAGCACCCACACAGGGAAGAAACCUUUUGAGUGCUCAGAGUGUGGGAAGAGAUUCAGUCAGAGUAGCAAGCUUCAGCUGCAUGAAAGAACCCACACAGGGGAGAAACCUUUUGAGUGCUCAAACUGUGGGAAGAGAUUCAGUCAGAGUAGCAAGCUUCAACGGCAUCAAAGAACCCACACAGGAGAGAAACCUUUUGAGUGCUCAAAGUGUGGGAAGAGAUUCAGUCAGAGUAGCCAUCUUCGGAAACAUCAAAGAACUCACACGGGAGAAACCUUUUGAAUGCUCACAGUGUGGAAAGUGAUUCAGUCUGCGUGACAGUCUUCACCAGCAUCGAAGAACCCACAUGGGAGCAAUCUUUUGAGUGCUCAUAGUGUGGAAAGAGAUUCAGUCGAAGUAGCACUCUUCAACAGCACCAAAGCACCCACACAGGGGAGGAACCUUUUGAGUGCUUAGAGAGUGGAAAGAGAUUCAGUCUGUGUGACAGUCUUCACCAGCAUCGAAGAACCCACAGGGAUAGAAACCUUUUGAGUGCUUAGAGUGUGGAAAGAGAGUCAAUCUGCAUGAUAAUCUUCAACAGCAUCAAAGAAUGCACACAGAGAAGAAACCUUUUGAGUGCUCCUAUUGUGUGGGAAGAGAUUCAGUCACCAUUGCAGUCUUCAGUAGCCUCAAAGAACCCACAUAGGGAAGGAAACCUUUUGAGUGCUCAGAGUGUGGGAAAAGAUUCAGUCACAGUAGCAAGCUUCAGUGGCAUCAAAGAACCCACACAGGGGAGAAACCUUUUGAAUGCUCACAUGCUCCACACAGGGGAGAAACCUUUUGAAUGCUGUGGGAAGAGAUUUCCACAACUUGACCAUCUUCUGCAAUGUUAAAAAAACCCACACGGGAGAAACCUUUUGAAUUCUCUGAAUGUGGAAAGAGAUGCAUUCAGCAUGACUUUCAAAACCAUCAAAGACCAAAACAAGGAGAAGCCAUGUAACUGCUUAGCCUGUGAAGAGAGUUUUUUUCUUAUUUCACACCUAAAAGACAACCACAGGCCAUACAAACUACUGAAAAGAUUUAAAGCGCCAAACUGUACAGGCAGUGACCUGAGAAAGCAGUUUCAAAGUGUGAAGGAGAGAAGCUACUUUCACCUCCUCACCGUGGAGACAUGCAUGGCUCAGAACAAUAGCUCUCCCAGGAUUUAUUAAAUAAUACCUUCAGCACCCAAGUCGGACUUCCCUUAUGUUGUUAGCUGCCCUGAUCCCACCAUUGGAUAGGGCAGAUAGAAGUUAAAUAAAUAAAUACAUACACUUAUCCUUCAUUAAGUGCCACUCAAGCAAAUGCUGAGGUCUGUUCACCUUCCCUAUUACCCUUCUUGCCUGGGGCUUGUAGUGCCUGCAAAAUUCUGCCAUCCCUAUGUCUGCCUCCAGUUGAAUGAUCAGUGUGUUGUCCUCUAGCAGUGAGUAAACUUGUCUCAGCAUACCUUUUGCCCUAUAAAUAUGUCACCAUGCUUCCCCAGUAAAGAGUGUGUGCUGUGUGUGUGUUUUCUCACCACCCUUUUGCAUGUGGGGCCACUCUCUCACUUCUCAAAAUGCUGUCUGUUUCCUCUUCAACUUGCUGCUUCCAUGGACCUCUUCAAGACCAGUAAAUAUUACCCAUCCCUACAAUGCUAUCCCCUUUCCUCCCUGAUUUCCCUAGUUAGCUCAUGUAUGUGUAUGCUGUGUGCACCCUUGAUUUGUCCUGGUUUUUUUUGUUGUUAUUACAAUAAAAACCGUUUUCCAAAGGUUCCCAUAAA